CGUCUAGGGUUCGAACCACGUCGCUCUCAUUUUUUUUCGUUCUUCUACUUCUUCUUCACCAUCUUCAUUGCAGCUAUUUUUGCAAAAUCUUCUGCAAUUCUGCUUCAGAUCCUUUAAUUCUCAUCCAUAUUUUUCACAAUUUAGCUUCAAGUCCUUCAAAUUCUACUUAUGGAUCCAGAUUUACCCUCAUCUCCUCCCAAAACCAGAAAGGUUAAAUUUGCUCCGAAAGCACCUCCCCGUCGAAAGAAGCAGAAUUCCGUACAACAUAAAACUGAAGCAGAUAGAAAUGAAGAUACCAAUGAUAAUGAAGCUGCGGAGGCUAUUCUGCACCGUGUUAAUGAGCGCCUGACUAGACAGAAACCUAAAACAGAGAAAAAAGCAGUUGAGGUUGCAUUUGCUCAUGGAGUAGCAUCACCAACUUCCAUAAGGACCUUUGGAAAGCCUAAGGAACUCGCUAUCAAUCGGGGUAGUACUGUGAAAGACCCUGAAUCUGAUGAUAGGAUGGACAUUGAUUCUUCACCUCCUUUACCUUCAAGUAUUGAAGCAGAUCUUGCUGAAAUUUCAGUCAGUAAUUCAGAUGCUUUAUUAAAAAGGAAGAAGAAAGAGUAUAAAGAACCUUGGGAUUACCAUCAUACCAACUAUCCUAUAACUCUUCCUCUGAGAAGACCUUAUGCUGGAGACCCAGAAAUUUUAGAUGAAGCUGAAUUUGGAAAAGCUGCAGCAAAUGCAGAGUAUGAUGAAAAUAAUAUACAUCCUGCUUCAGAGCUUGGUUUACUGGAAAAGAAGGACGAUGUACAGAUUCUUUUUCUUCAGCUUCCGGUUAAUUUACCCCUAGCUACCAAAGGAGGUAGAGAUACUGCUGGCUGCUUGCCAUCGCCUAUGCUCAAGGGAAAAGAAGCAGCUGGCACUGCUCCUAGACUUCUUGCCAGUGCAAAGGGGAAAGAGAUAGUUGACAGCUCUACAAUUUCCAGAAGGCAUAAUACUGCAAAGGAAGCUUGCAAUUUGGAAAAGUUACCUGCGGGGAACAUGGGGAAAAUGCUGGUUUACAAGAGUGGAGCAAUCAAGUUGAAGCUUGGAGACAUUCUCUAUGAUGUUUCUCCUGGUGUAGAUUGCUCUUUUUCUCAAGAUGUUGUCGCAAUCAAUACUGUCGAGAAGCACUGUUGUCAACUUGGGGAAAUAGGCAAGCGAGCUGUUGUGACUCCUGAUGUUGAUUUCCUCUUGAACAAUAGAUUUAGUUGAGCUAACUAAAACCACUUUACCUUGUCAAUCUAGAGUUAGAUUUCUUUUGUUAGGGGUUUAUCUUGGACUCUUGGUUGGUAAAUAUUAGUUAGAUUUCUAAUUUCAGUGGAUAUGCUGACUUCCUGUACAGAGAAAUUAUAUUCUAUGCAUCUUAACUCAAAAACAUUUUCUUGAAGUCUCAA